AUUUCGCCCCGCAGCGUUGUUUCCUUCCGGACGACAUCCUCCACCUCUCGAAACUCAACACUCGUAUUAUCAAGACUUACAAAUACGCAAAAAUGGAUGACCUCGCUUCCGCAUUCUCCGGGCUGCCUUACUUCAACCCGAUGAUGAUGAUGAACAAGAGCGAGACUAGCGCGACGCGUCGUCUUCUUCAGUGUACCGGGUUCGGUCUGUACAUGAACGACAUCUCGUCCAAGUUCGCGCCGCCCGCGACCCGUGCGCCGGAUUUGCCGCCAGACGCCUUCGCCGCGCGCAGGACGAUCGUGGACCAGGUCGCGCACUGGUGCGAGACAAACAAGAGCGACUCGAGCGUGGAGUGGGUUCCGAUCAUGUAUUUGUACGAGCUUGUCAAGGGGUCGGCGAAACGUGCGCGAGAUUGGGGGCACAUGCUCUUUACCGAGCCGACCCUCUCUCAGUUCCUCAUCGUUAUGAUCAUGCCGGAGCCUUGCGACUGCGGGAACUACUCGCACCACGACUACGACGCCAUGACCAAGUACCAAGCCGAUCGCAUGAUGUCCCUUCUCACAUACCUGCACGAAGCGUGGGACUGGGGCAACAAGCCUAAUUGGGUCCGCGCAACCUACACCACGCCCAACCGUAGCUUCAAAAUCGACCCCGCUGUCCUCCCCGGAGUCAACAAGUCCGUGACGCCUUCCAAGGGCGCGCCCCCGAUUUUCCAUGUCACACAGGAGUCUUUCUCGCCGACGCUGCUGGAGGGCGAGAUCGAGAAGAUCGACAACGUGUGCACGCAGGGGCAGGAGACGCGGGCGGGCCCGGCGGUGGUGGAGGCGGCGCGCAAGCGGGUGCUGGGCUCGAAGGAGGACAGGCCGGACGUGGGCGACGCGUGGAUGAACAAGAACCCGAGGGAGUGCGCGAACUGCCAAUUGGUCAAGGAUAAGGCAUUGCUGAUGUGUGCGAGGUGCAAGCUGGUGCACUACUGCAGCAAAGAAUGUCAAAAGGCGCACUGGCCGAACCACAAGAUAUGGUGCAAGACGGCGAGCGUGACCGCCUCUGCGUCCUGAACACUGCUGCAAGUCCACCCGGAUAUUCUGUUCUGCUCAUACAUAUUCGACACUUUCCCGAUCUACAACUCGUGUACUUUCCUUGUAGCAUGCCUGUACAUGUAUUCCUGGCCCCAAAGCGGCGCUGUCUGCAUCGACAUACCACCGCCAUCACAGCCGUCGGCGCUGCUCAGCUUGGUGUGCACGUCGGGUGAAGAGCGCCCGAGAUCCGUCCAGUACAUAUACAGCUGACGUCAGAAGGCACUGCUAUAUUGUGGCUUGG